AUGCAUAUAGAUGCCAAAGAGCUGCAUCAGCUUUUGGGAAGGCUCCAAAGCUUUGCCUUAACAGAUGACUCUGGUGAUGACAAGCAAUUGCUUGUUAAUGCUGGAUCAAAAAAUGCAAAGUUAGGUCGGUCAGAGUCACUUCGAGUCAGCCUGUCGGUUGAAGAGUAUCAAACUCAGGAAGCCUCCACUGAAACAACCCAAAAUGAUGCUGGAAAUGGAAAUAUUGCAGCACAAACAUUCACAUUCCGUGAGCUUGCUUUGGCUACAAAGAAUUUUCGACCUGAAUGCCUUCUGGGUGAAGGAGGGUUUGGUAGAGUUUACAAGGGUCGUGUUGAGAAAUCCGGACAGAUUGUAGCUGUUAAACAGCUCGACAGGAAUGGCUUCCAAGGCAACAAAGAAUUUCUUGUUGAAGUUUUGAUGCUCAGUCUGCUCCAUCAUCAAAAUCUAGUCAAGCUUAUCGGAUACUGUGCUGAUGGUGAUCAAAGACUUUUGGUCUACGAGUAUAUGCCUAUGGGCUCCUUAGAAGACCAUUUGCUUGACAUCUCACCUGAUCAGAAACCCCUCAGCUGGUAUACUAGGAUGAAGAUAGCUUAUGGUGCUGCUCAAGGUCUAGAGUAUUUGCAUGAGAAGGCCAACCCGCCUGUGAUCUACCGUGAUCUUAAGUCAUCUAAUAUUCUACUUGACAAAGAUUUCAAUGCAAAGCUCUCGGAUUUCGGACUUGCAAAGCUAGGUCCUAUGGGGGAUAAUGUCCAUGUUUCUUCCAGGGUGAUGGGUACAUAUGGCUACUGUGCACCCGAGUAUGCAAGAACAGGUCAUCUGACCUUGAAGUCGGACAUAUACAGCUUCGGAGUUGUUAUGCUUGAGUUGAUCACAGGAAGGAGGGUCAUCGACACGUCAAGGCCAACGGACGAUCAGAAUCUCGUCACUUGGGCAAUGCCGAUGUUCAGAGAUCAGAAGAGGUUCCCCGAGCUAGUUGAUCCACUUUUACGGGGGGAUUAUCCAGCAAAAGGCUUGAGCCAAGCAAUUGCCGUUGCUGCGAUGUGCCUCCAAGAAGAGGCCUCGGUUCGCCCGUUAAUGACUGACGUCGUUAUGUCACUGAGCUUCCUAACAACAGCAUAGUCAGCUUAACCCUACUUCAUCUUCCAACUUCCCAUGAACAGCAGAGAGCACAUAUAUUGGUCUGGUCGAAGCAGAUGAGAAGGGUGCUGAGGGUUGCAGCUCUCGAGCUGUAGAGGCCGUGGGAUCAUUCCAGCUCAAGACAUUAAUGGGGAUCCUAAAAUGGAAGUGAGUCAUUAUGUAUCCUAUAUACGGAGCUUGUUGCCUCUCUGAUCGUGUCUCGUUCAUCGUAGAACAUGAUCACAAUGAUCAGAGACAGAGCAGCGGCAUGUUGAGUAUGAUCAUAGGGUAUGUGUGAAAACCAGGACUCCUUUUUGUUCUUGCAUCCAAGUAUGAAGCAUACAUGUUCUCUGAACAAGGCAGCUUUUACCAGCUGUCUAUAUAAAUCCAUGAAGGCACUUGUUUUAGACUCGGUUUCAUUUCCUGGACUUGCAGAUUCAUUGUGCAUACAAACUUGCUAAAGCAGUGAAUGCUUCUUUAAUCUGUUAAGAACAUUUGAUGUUCUUGUUUCAGCAAUUAUCAUGUCAAUAGGUAGAAGCAGUGGAACAAUCUAUAUUGCAACAGUAGA